CUGCGCUGUAUCUCAGAUAGCGUAUCAAGCUUGCUCCAGCAGGAUACGCAACAGAGGACAGUAACCGUCUCCUUGGCUGAACCCCUGCUCUAACAUGAAUCUCAUCGUUAAAUCUCCAAGCUUGUAUUCUGGCUGUCAAAUCUACGUUUUUACACUCACCUUGGGUUUUGUUCUGAGGAUCAUUACGUCUGAGUUGACCUCUGACCCGAGAUGCUGUGGUCCCGACCAAUGGGAAGCCGUGAGUCUCGAGACAGGGGGGCUGAUUGACAGUUCGGCGGAUUACGUGACUUUGACGGAAAUACGGAGCGUUGUUCACUAUGACUACCGGAACAGGAGGUUCACCGUGGAACAGAAUGUCUGGAACGGAACGAGCAACGCGACCUUCAGUCAAACAGUACACAUUGAUUACAACAAGAAGCUGAAGUGGACGCUGUAUGAUCGGCAAUGUAUCCAUCAGUUACACACAGAAGAGAUGCCAUCACCUUGCAUCCCAGGUGAAGCAACAUAUCUCCGGACCAGGACCAUCAGUGAUAUGUCAGCGGACGUGUGGUUCCUGAACGACACCAACGGUAAUCGCUACACCUACACCGUCACCAGAGACAUCUGCGUCCUCCUCAACGAGAUGACCGUCAGCAACGAGGCCAGUACGUGUCAGCUGUACCCACCAGCACAAAGCAAUCUUAGCGCUAACACCAGCACAAAGCAAUCUUAGCGCUAGCACCAUCAAUAUCGACGUUCUCACUGACACAAUAUGACAACAUUUCGAUGGGGAUAGCAGACGACAGCGUGUUCCGACAACCGCCAUCUUGUCUUCUCAGUCUCGAUGUGAGGUUACAAUAGAAUAAAUAUAUUUAUUUUCA